AUGUGCAAAGACCUCAUUGUGCGGAAUCUUGGCGAGUCUGGGCACCCAGUCGACUGUGCACCUGACUGGGCACCCCGACCGUCGAAGGACGCCCCUCGUGGAGAGGGGCCAGUGGGCGCAAGCAGCCCGCAGGCGGGGGGUCGUUCGCCCAAAGCGCCAACGGAAGGGGCUUGGGCUCAGAAAACAUGGGGAGCUAGAGCCUUAGCACACCAAGCGUGCCACGCUCGUUUCUUUUCUUUGAGAUGUGCUAAGCUUCGUCGACGCGUUCAGCUUCGCUUUUGGCCCAACGGCUCCGAGGGGCGAAUGUGCACACGGACCGAGAUUUCUCAAAAACUCGGAUGGAUACAUCAAACUUCAUCAAACACAGCAUCUUUUCAGAGGCGCCAAAAGAGGUUGGAUCUAAAGCUGGCUACGAUUUGUGAGGGGACUGGCGACAAUUCGGCGGAAUUCAGCGGCUCUGGUUUUGUGACACGAGUGGAACGCACCUGA